GACUCUUACAUUCUUAUAAGUUAUAAUCUCUAAUCACAUAAAACAAUCAAAUAAACAUUUUAGCAUAUAGUUUUUGUUGUUCAAUCACUAAUUUCAAAUUGAAUUUUGCUAACAACAGAAUGGUGGGGAACAAGUGGUUUGACAAGGAAGUGAUGGCAUUUGCAGCAACAAUUUCAGUAGAAUGUGCAAAUGUAGGAGUUAACAUUUUAUACUAUGCAGCUGCUUUGAAAGGGAUGAGCUAUUAUGUCUUCAUUCUUUACACUUAUGCAAUUGCUACUCUUUUUCUUCUUCCCGUUCCCUUCAUCUAUUUCAGGACAUCAGGACUGCCUUCAUCAUUGAAGCUGCCGGUUCUCUUUAGGAUUUGCAUACUUGCAUUUAUCGGGUUUUUAGCGCAGGUAGUUGGAAAUAAAGGUUUAGAAUACACAUCUCCGACUCUUGCAUCAGCCAUGAGCAAUCUAACUCCCGCCUCUACCUUCAUACUUGCUGCCAUUUUCAGGAUGGAAAAGCUAAGAAUGAGUAGCUCAAGCAGUCAAGCAAAAAUAUUUGGAACCAUGGCAUCAGUAACAGGUGCAUUAGUGGUCAUUCUAUACAAAGGUCCUUCAAUUUUAUCCAAUUCAUCAUCUCCAACACCAACUCUUGAUUGGCCUCUAUACUCUCCAAAUUCAAAAUGGCUAAUUGGAGGAUUCUUACUUGCAAUGCAAUGUAUUCUUUAUUCACUUUGGUACAUUCUUCAGUCUCAAAUUCUGAAGAUAUGCCCAAUAGAGCUACUAGUGACCUUUGUAUACACAUUGUGUGUGACAAUCAUUUCAGCACCAAUCUGUUUAGUUGCUGAAAACAAUUCGGAUGCCUGGCGACUAAAACCUGAUAUAGCCCUUAUUGCAAUUAUUUACUCGGCAAUGUUUGGACGAUGUUAUAGUACGAUUGUUCAUUCAUGGGGUUUACGCUUGAAGGGUCCUCUCUAUGUUGCAAUCUUCAAGCCCUUUUCAAUUGCUAUUGCUGCCAUUCUAAGUGUCAUUUUCUUUCAAGAGGAUCUCAAUCUUGGCAUUGUGAUGGGAGCUAUAGUGAUAUCAAUUGGAUUUUAUGGUGUGAUAUGGGGGAAGGCUAAUGAGGAUGAUGAUGUUUUUCAUAACUUACCGUCGCUCAAGGAUCCAACUCAUUCGAUCAAACGAAAUAACAAUUCAUUGUCUUGAAAAUUAAAAUUAAAAUCAUCGAAUCAGUCAUGAGUUAUUAACCAAUUGGUUUAGCUAUUAGAAUUAUUAAUUAAGUAGGUUGAUAUUUGCGCGUUACGCGGGUGAAAUGGAUAGAUUUAUACUUUUUUAAA